GAUCUUUCGGUUCUGUCUAAUGAAUUCAACCUACCACUCCAACUCUCCACUCAAUCCAGCUAGCAAAAGCUCUCAAUUCGCUGAAAAUGGAGGAAAUCCGACACGAAUACAUCAAAGUGAACGGCCUGAAGCUUCAUGUGGCGGAACUCGGAACGGAAUCAGCGCCGGCCGUAGUAUUCUUACAUGGAUUCCCGGAAGUAUGGUACUCGUGGCGCCACCAGAUUAUUCCUGUCGCCAAAGCUGGGUUCAGAGCGAUUGCUUAUGAUUACAGAGGAUACGGAGAAUCCGAGCAGCCUCCCGAACCGGAGAAAGCCACGUUCGCAGAUUUCAUGAACGAUCUCCUCGCUCUUCUCGAUGCUCGUAUGCUGGUCAAGGUUUUUCUCGUUGCUAAAGACUUUGGAGUUCGAAUUGCUUACAUAUUUGCAAUGCUUCAUCCGGAAAGAGUAUCUGGAAUCAUCAACUUAGGUGUGCCUUUUGCACCUCCAGGUCGCACUAAUAUCCCAAACCUUCCUGAAGGUUGCUACAUCACCAGGUUUAAGGAACCUGGAAGGGCCGAAGCUGAUUUGAACCGUUUCAGUUGUAAAACUGUCCUGCGAAGAAUCUACAUUCUUUUCUCACGGAGUGAGGUGCCAACAGCUGAUGCAAACCAGGAGAUAAUGGAUAUUGUGGACUCAACAACUCCUCUACCGCCAUGGCUGAGCGAGCAAGAUCUUGAUGUAUAUGCAUCUCUCUACGAUAAAUCCUCCUUCCAAACUGCAUUGCAAGUUCCAUACAGGUCUCUGCAAGAACAGUUCAACAUAGAAAACAAGAAAGUCGAUGUUCCUGUGCUGGUCAUCACCGGUGAGAAGGACUUCUCGUUGAAGUUUCCAGGCAUAGAAGACUACAUCAAAAGCAAUAAGGCAAAGGCAUAUGCGCCCCAUUCUAAGACGGUAUACUUGCCAGAAGGCUCCCAUUUCAUGCAGGAGCAAUUCCCUGACAAGGUAAAUCAGAUGAUACUGACCUUUCUCAGGUUGCACAGUUGCCAUAGAUAGAGAGGACUGUAUCGGAUGGCAUGCUUAUUUCCAUGAAUUGAAUUUUGUUACAGACAUAUUACAAGAACCAAAGAAAAUAAUAUGAAA